AUGAGUUCUGACUAUGCAAAGCCAUAUUCGGACUUUAUAGAAGCAUUUGAAAAGCUUUUCCUAAUAAAAUAUAACGAGUCUGUUGAAGACAUGUGCAAUAUAAUCACAAACGUUUUGAUUUCGAAGUAUCAACUUACCAAAAACCAACUCUCUACGAUCAUUAUCAAAGCACUUCAUUAUAAUUAUGCUUCAAACGAGAAUUAUAUCAAAAUACUUAAGAAUAUCAACAUUGAUUAUAUGAAACUUCCUGAGUUAGCAUUUCCAUUGGAGGGUUCAAUCGAAUUUACUGUUAUGCACGAUCAAAUUGAUAGAUUUAAGGAAUAUAUUUCUCAAAAAGACCUAAAAAAUGAUAAUUUUUUGGAAAUUCCUUGGAGUGAAAAGAAUUCUUACCAUAUAUCAUUAAUUGAAGCAUGUGCAUAUUUUGGAUCGGUAAAUAUUUUCUUUUUCUUAAUUUCAAACCAAAAAUAUACAAUAUCAAAAAAUUGUCUUCGAUAUUCAUUAAUUGGUAGAAAUACAGACAUUAUCAACGAAUGUUUAAAGGAAAAUCAAAUGGACAUAGAAUGUCUCAGAAAUAUUGUAUGCUCACAUAACAACGAAAUGCUUGAAUUUGUUUUAGACCAAAAUUUCUUUACAUAUAAAGAUUUCGAUGGAGAGAAUAUAUACUCAAGAGCAAUUUACGAAGAUAUUAUCAAAUAUCAAAACCUGAAAGCAGUAUUUACACUUUUCGAUAGAGAGAAAAACUUCAUCGUUCCUUGGUGUGCUGCAUUUCCUCAAACAAUAGAUAUUCUCAGAAACGAAAAGCUUCCUGAUAAAACUGAUUUCCGAAAGAGAAAUAUUCUGCACUAUGCAUGCAUGUCUCAAAACUCCGAUAUUUUCAAAUUUUUAUUUGAAACAAAUGACAAAAUUGAUCUCAAUUAUUAA